GCUGGGGCACGAAAGACAGAGUGAAUGAGCUUCUGGGUCCAACAGCCUCUGCCAUGUCCAAAGUGGUUGGCUUGUCUUCCAAGAAGAGCCGGUGGCUCUUGCAAUCCUUGCGCGACCAGCAGCGACAUUCCCUGGGCACUGGGUUUGAAAGUGCCAAUAUCCUCCUCUCUCCCAAGUACCACCUCAAAGACAAGGAUCUAAGAAAGAUCCACAAGGCUGCGCGUGUCGGGGAUGCAGCAAGAGUGCAGCAGCUCCUGCUUGGGAAAUGCAGUGUGAAUGACAAGGACAAGAAGAAGAGGACUGCCCUCCACAUCGCCUGUGCUUAUGGCCACCCGAAGGUAGUGAUGGCCCUAUUAGAGGGAAGGUGUGAGAUCAAUGCCACGGACAGUGAGGAGUGCACAAGUCUGGUGAAGGCUGUGCAAUGUCAGGAAGAGGAAUGUGCUACCAUUCUGCUGGAGAACGGUGCUGACCCAAACAUUGUGGAUGCCCAGGGCAACAGCGCUCUCCACUAUGCUGUCUAUUAUAAGAAUACAUCACUGGCUGCAAAACUGCUCGAUCAUGAAGUGAAUAUUGAAGCGACAAAUAAGGGUGGCUUCACACCAUUGUUACUGGCUGUCAGUGAAAACAAACUGCAGAUAGCAAAAUUCUUAUUAAUGAAGAAUGCUAAUAUACAUGCGGUUGAUAACCAGAAAAGAACAGCCCUCAUGCACGCUGUCAGCCAUGACUCAACACACCUAGUGAGAUUUGUUCUUCAGCAAGGUGUGGACCUCUUCUUGAACGAUGCCUUUGGAUUGACUGCAAUCGAUUAUGCUGCUGAGUUUAAGUAUAAUACGGCUGCGGUGAAAGCUGGCACUGAAGUCCAGGAGACAAGCCGCUGCCGGUUCAUUCCUACUGAUCCAGUCUUGGGUCUUCUGACAGCCACACUUUGUUCGCCAAACAAAAGAGAGAAAAAAACAGAGUCAGGGCUGGUUUGA